AUGAACUGCUCUAUCUUCUUCUUAGCUAUCUUGGUUUCUUUCCAAGCUAUCAUGGCUGUACCUACUUCUCUAAUUCCUCGGGUUGAACAAGAGAUUGGAGGAGAUACACCUAAUAAAAUUCAAGAAAGAUGCUACGGUAGUUUUUAUGGAAACUGGCUUCCAGGAUUUGGCUUAACAGCCAGUGGCCUUUAUACUUGUCCGUUUACUAGAGUAUUUUACAAUAGUAUCGUGUCAAGUCUUGGCUAUGGUGUUUGUAACACUUAUGUGAACAACUUUUCAUGGGGAAAUUGUGAUGUUAUGGGUAACUGCCUUACUGCGUAUACUAGCUUUCAAAACCUCUGGACCCCUGUAGGCCUUCGUCUACUGGCGGAUCAAUAUCUCAAGCAGAACAAAGAGCAAUCUUGA